GGUGGUAAUGGCCUCCCAUAGUUUACACCUGUUCUGACCUGGAUCCACAUACAGGCUUGUACAGUUUGUCAUGGCGAGGGGAUGGUAUACGAGCAUGACGCAUUAUUGUGCCGAGUAGCAUAAAUUAUGUUGUGUAAACGUGUUCACCCGCGUUUUGUGAUGAUCUCUGAAAUCAGGCUGGAAGCACGUUGCCAUACUGUGUGAUUUGUUUUGCGAAACUUACGUACUCGGAAGAUCUCGCAUAUCUCCAAACAUGGUGACGAAACGGAUUUAAUAUGAGUUACAAUAGCAGUCUUUCGGCACUGGGCGUCUCGCUCAUAUUUCUGACUCUACAAUGUAUUAUCGUCAAACGGUGUUCCCAUGCUCUACGGUGUCCAGAGUCUUGCAAGUGCUACAACAACUAUUCACUAAUCAACUGCAGCAACACCGGGUUGGAAAGGAUGCCUGUUGACAUUCCUGUUCAAGUCAAAUCGUUAGAUCUCACAUUCACAUACAUCAAAGACAUCAAUAUUUCUGAAAUGGCUCGCCUGACAGAUCUAGAACUUUUUUGGUAUCUUCCAAACUAUCUACCGCAAAACUGGAAAAGUACAGAAGACGGUUGGCAGGUCAUGGACAAACAUACAUUUUCCGGAAACCGUAAGCUACGUGUUCUGGUUUUUGAGGCUGGCCAAUACCGAUCGAUGCCUGCCGAUUUCAUACUGGCAAGCAACUUGACAAAACUUGAAGUUUUAAAAGGCUCAUUUCAAGGCAUGACAGAAGAGCUUUUGUAUCAGAUUACAUCAAUUUGUCCAUUACUGCACGAGCUAGACAUAUGGGGUAAUGAUCUAGCAGUAACGCCAAGCGAUGUAGGCCCCAUCGCAUGGACGAAGUAUAAUACAAGUUCCAGGCCACAUCGUUGCAAUUUAAGAAGGGUAUCGGGAAUAGGCAGUGUUAUAAUGCGCAACAACACGUUUAUCGGCGAUUUAGCUUCAGCAGUCUUUGGAGCCUGCCCUUUGCACACACUUGAGCUCACCUCUCUCAACAACGGCCUGGUAUUCGAGCCUUCCUUCUUUGACAACCUGCCGAAGAAGUUGAACAUCACCCUACAUUAUCAAUAUACGGAUAAUGUGAGAGACUAUAUAUCGAUGCGAAGUUUGAUGUCUAGCCUUGAAAGAAGCCACACCAUGGCCGUGAAUUUGUCGCUGCCGGAGUCAGGAGCACCAGUCAACGUCGUGCUCGCUAUGAUACGCGACCACAACGUAACCGAAAAACUCGUGGGGCUCAGUAUGGACGUGCGAAAUUGCAAUAGCACCUGCAUGCAAACUUCUGCGAGUCUCCUGCGGACGUCAUUUUUUAAUUUACGCACGGUCUCUCUGGUGGGAUUCUCUGGCGUUACGGCUAUAGAUAUACAAGAAUGGUUUCCCAGCAAUAUGCAAUCUAUCACAUUGCGUAGCUCUGGAAGCAACGGUGACAUUAUGUUUGUUCUUCCCGACGCUGGUAGAAUUCUAGCCAACUUAACAAAAUUAGAAAUUGAUGGGCCAGAAUUUUAUUGCAGUUGUGAUAAUACUCAGAGGUGGCCUGAAUGUGUGGGGACGGAUCUGUGUGCAGGUUCAAUUAUAACAUUUUCCAGUUGCCCUAACAUAAUCCAACUAAGUUUAUCGUUUGCACCUCGAAAUCGAGAGCCUGGCAUUAUCAGCUAUGCGGGGACAGGUUACAAAUUUUCAUAUUCGUUUUCAUCUCUACAUUCCCUAAGAAUAUUAACGCUGAAUCAAUACCACUUGUGUAAUGAAAGCAGUGUAUACGCGCAGAACCCAAUAGAAAGUUUAGUCCUAGCAGAACUAUACUUUAUAAAUGGAAUCAUGUGUCUUGAAAAGGACAACUUUGGCAUCCCAGUGGCGUGUCCUGGAUUAACUAAACUGUCCAUUGCGCAUACAACUAUUCGCAGUGUUGUCGACUAUGAUUUGCGACAAUAUAUGUUACGAGACUUUUUUAAAUAUCACCCGAAUUUGACGUACCUGGAUAUGACGGGAACUCGCUUCAGCAUCGACGACUCAUCAGAGUGGCUAACUACCAGCGACCUAGAAGCCAUAUCUUCUCUAGAUCAUUUAAGGGUCCUCCGGCUGCGAGACACCGGUAUCAGCUCUAUUCCCGACAGCUUUGCACGUCUUCAACUAAAGGAACUGGAUCUCAGCUACAACAAUCUUAUGAGGAUCCCUGUAGCUCUACUCCAGAUCGACAGUCUAAAACAUCUCGACCUACGGGAGAACCCACUCAUAUGCGAAUGCAGCACUAUCGAUUUCAUGCACGCUGCCCAGAGGUUUGGGCUGUUGGCAGGACUCCCACUAGUUGGUUACCUUGAUGACCCUGAUGCCUUGUCGUGUACGUUCUCUGACCAGUCAAUCGCUCUCCGGAAGGUUCACAUACAGGAAGACGAUUGUGGUUUGCCCGUCAUAAAUAUAUUUGCCAUUGUGAUGGCUUCCCUAAUUUUGCUAGCAAUUGUCGUAGUUACAUAUAGACGCCGUCGUUAUAUAGCUUACUACUUUCACGUGGCCGCUGUACGAUUAAAACGAUACGAGCCAGCAGUAGGUGAAUAUGAAUAUGAUGCGUUUGUUGGGUAUUCAACUUCCACUGGUUUCGAGUUAAACUGGAUUAUCAAUUUCCUUCUUCCAAAAAUGGAAAACGAUGAGGUAAACCCAUACAGACUUUUUCUUGAGGAGCGAGAUAUGCCCGCAUAUGGAAUGCAGGUUUCCAACAUUGUCGCCUUCAUGGACAAAAGCCACACCGUAAUUCUCGUUAUCACACAAACGUUUCUCACUGAUGUCUAUUGUAAUUUCAUGCUCAAGACCGCCGCAAUGAGAAAUAACGUCAUCAUAAUAUUCUUAGAGACUAUAGCAACGGAAGAAUUUCCUGCAGAGCUUCGGGUGCUGCAAUUGCAUUCGACGUGUCUUCACUGGUCGGAAAACAGGAACAGCCAGGAGCGGUUCUGGAAAGCAAUAGAAUAUGCUAUGCCCCUUCCCCAGCGGGACCACUACGCACCAAUUCUAGCUAGCAGUAACUACUCCGCGGUACAGGCUAUCUGGACGGUAGACAGGGCUGCAGCACUCCCCUCUUGUAUGCCUUGCGUGACAACACAAACGGAGACAGAUAAUAGAAGUAAUACGACUGGCAAUGCCAUUUGUGACAAUGAGUGCUACACCUAUAACGAUCAGUGGCCAAUAAAUGAUGACCUAGUCAUCAAAAGAGAUCAAAUAGACGCAAGUGAUACGCAAUUAUUUCUAAACAAUUAUUCCGAAUUAUCUUGUUUAGAAUUGGACAGGAUUGAAAUGGAGAUUCUCACGCGUGACAAUAAAUGAAAAUUACCGUAAAAUAAAUGUAAAUCGGCAUUUAGUAAACCGCGAAACUCUCGUCUCAGACCCUUGCCCCCGUACAGCAUGUAUGUUGACAGGAAACUGCGCCCCUCUACCGAGUUCCGAAAUUUUUACCGGCGUAGGAAUGUGUUCAGGCUACGGCCCUGUGCUCCCUAUACUCCUCUUGAUCCCCUUUCACUUCUUUUUCUUCUUUGCAUUCUUUUUUCGCUCGUCCCUCUCCUUCUCCCCCCCCCAUUCCGUCUAUUUUUUGCCGUCGUCUUCCUCUUUAUACCAUAAUGGGCUAAACCACGACAAUACCACAAUAACAAAUAUAAUCAGUAUAUAGUCAAUAAUAUAGUCAUUAAAAGAGCGGCCGCGUGUGUAAUUGAGCGUGAAAGUUUAG